AUGAAUAAUUUCAUGGAAAUAAAAGUCUUUAUUCAGGGUUUAUCCACAGAUCAUCUUGACGUAUUAGCUAAUCAAAAAAAUGUUUGCCCAUUUAAAAGACAUCACAUUAUACUUGGUGAUUGCUUCUAUCCAGUUUUAGAUAAUAUUCGUUUUACCUCAGAUAGUUUUAAAAUUACUGUGUCACCAAGUUCUGUCGGCAUUCCAAACAAAAUUAUUGGACAACUUACAUUUCGAAAUGUACGAAGUGAUCAAAUAGAGGAAUGUGGGCAGUUAUUUUUUUUACUUGGAGGAGUCCAACAUAAUAACUAUCCAAUUUAUGUAGAAAACGGUACGGGUUUCAUUCGCUUUAGUCGUUUUAACAAUUUUAAUUGGCCAAAGCUGAUACAUCACAAAGUUUACAUGACUGUAAAAUUAUAUGUCAGACCAAAUAAGGAAAUAGAUUCAUCGCAAAUUGUCAUCUCCUGGAAUUAUUUUACGAAAGAUCAACAAGGAAAACAGUCGAAGUCCCAAAACGAUGAUUCCCAUCUGGAGAGGCUUAGAAGGAGUGUGAACCCUUCAAACCUACAACUUCUCGUGACGAGAAGUGAUGCAGCUACCAAUACAUUGUGUCCGACUGAAGUAAUAGCACUAAGUGUUCAGCUUGGUCUACCUGCUGGUACAACUGCAAUAACAGUUGAAUUGUUUGGUCCUACUAAAGAUACUAUAAUCUACGGUUUUGUUGAAUUUAUUGAUAUUUCAUAUAUUGGAGGAAGAGUUUCAAACAGGGAUUUUUCAAUUGGCGUACGAAACACGACAAUAGAAACUGAUUACGAAUACAAAAAUACGUAUACAGCUGUUGAUUUAUCAAGUGUCACAGUGAUAGAUAUACCAAAUGUUGUAGAGAAUUAUAGUUUAAUAUUGCGUUUUGCUGUUGGUUUGUGGAAUAAUAAUUCAAUAGUAGAUGGAAUGCAGUUUAUUUGUAACUGUAAAGUUUCUGACGGUAUUUCAGUGGUAACCAGUACAACUACAAUCACAUCACGUAAAUUAUGUACAGUUUUUCAACCAGAAUUAAACAUGUUAUCUAAUUUUCCAUACAUUGUACCGGGAGAUAUAUUACUGUUUCAAUCAGAAGCAUAUUUUACAUUUGAAACCGGAAAUUAUACGUUCACAGUAUAUAUAAUCGGUUCCUCAUCUACUAUUAGCAACUUUGAAGUAAUUCUAGGUAAUGGGAUGAACUAUCCAGAAGGAUCUGAAGUUAGGCAAUCCGAAGAUGAUCUGACACUUACAAAGCAAAUUGAUGUACAAAUGAAAGAACUUAAAAAUAAAAAUGCUAGAGCGACAUAUCUGACUAAAUCAAACCGCUCAGUGAAAUUAAAUGCAUAUAUACAAGCUGUAACAUACCCAUCAACGAGAGCAAUAAUUGGAUUUCGAUUCCGUUAUUCUCAAGCUGAUGUAAUUAUUCGUGAGCUUCAAGUACCUAUUAUAGCUAAUUAUAGAAACUUUAUAAAUGUUUCAAAUCCUACUUUCAACUUUUCAGGAAUUUCAAAUCCAGCUAAAGUUGAAACAUUCGCUGAAGUUUUUUUCAGUCUUAGACUUCCUCCUUCAUCAAAACAGAUUUAUGCUGUAGAAGUAGGCUUUGACAACGUUUCUUUAGGUGAAUUCUGUUAUUCUGCCAUCACAGAAGUUGGAAAAGGGAUCACAAACAGAAUAACAGGGAUGAGAUUGUAUACGGAAUAUAUGACUCAAAAGCUAACAAUGCUUCGAAGAAUGGCGGUAAUAAAUCUUGGGGUAUUGGAAAAUCCAGCAACAAAUAAUACAGAGUAUUAUGUGAUUUUCAAAAUAAUUGUAAGACCAUCCAUAGAUAAAGCUUUUCCAACAAUCAGUGAAACUCAAAUUAAUGCACGAGUUUUUAUUACGGGUACACCUCAACAACAACAACAAUCAAUUGCAUUUUCUGUUGUCGAUGAGCCAAUUUUACCGAUUACAUGUAUGCUUAGUAAAACAUCAUUGACAGUAAUUAUAUUUCGGUUUGAAGUAUUAAAAUCAAUGGAACGAAUGUCCAUGCGCAACACUGGUAUAAUCGAACUUCCCUCUGUAUAUGUUGUUCCCACUCCUUAUAAAUAUGACAAUAUACUAGUCAUCAAGUAUUCGGUUAAAAUCGUCGGUACAACAAAAUUCAAAGUUAUAUUAGAUGUUAUAACUGGAGGAUAUACAGCAACUAGUCAGAUUAACUUCGCACCGAUUGCUGCCGUAUCACCUCCGCAAUUGACAAGUAGUCAAUUACCUUACUGGGCAAUCGAUAGUUUGGCAACCUCUCGCAAUAAUAAUAGUGUAGUACGAGGUGCAUUUAAUUUACUUUCAUUCUCCAUGAUUAUAUGUUCAGGCGCAAGACAAACAUAUUCAGCUCAACUCUACGUUUUACAAAUUACAAAUAUUGUAACUUUUAUGAAGACAAAAACUAUUGUUUUUGGUCGUUCUAUUAGUAAGUCUGGAACCUCGUCCACUAUUGCCAAUGCUAAUACUAUAAACUUAAAUAUGGCUUCACAGUACUUUGAUAGUAGUGAAAGUAUCUCAAAUUCAAAAAAGGAAAGAUCAAUAAUCACUUUUCUUGUGCCUUUAAAUGUCAAUUUACUGGCAUCUUCAGUUGUUUCAGUGAGUGUUACAGUUCAAUAUGGAACACAAUCAGCUCAAACGUUCGUCAGUUUACCUGUUAUCCAGCCUGAAUUGAGUAUACCACAAACUUCUACCAGUUAUCAGAUAGAUGCCAUUAGCUACCAAGACAGACCAUAUGAACGUACUUCCCUUGUCGCACUUGGACAAACUGUUCGACUUUAUAAUAAAAUUGGUCUUCCAAACACUAUGUGUACAACAUACUCAUUUGAAUUUACUAUGUCAUCCAAUUUAUGGCCAAUUGAUUUUCUUGAUGCACAACUCGUGAGCUAUAGUGAUUUUAUAUGGUCCACUAGUACUAUCAACCCUUUAAUAACUAAAUUGGGUUCACCAAUAUACAACAAAAUUACUAUGGACUUGGGAUCAUUAUGUGUUCCGGAGACAUACGACAAUCAGGUCCGGAUUGAUCUAUUUUUUCGCCCAAGGAGUAAUUUUUCAGCGAGUACUGUAAGUGGAAAUAUAACUGUGUCUGUUAAAAGUUUGCUUACAGUGGGUACCCUAUCUAGUCCAUUGUCUCUGUCAACAGGCGUUUUUGUAUUUAAUAAAGAUGCACUCAUGAAAGAAAGUAUGUUUGUAUUAGCAUCAUUCAGUGAAGACAAGUAUAAACCUUGGAUCAAAAACAUUACAAAUGGAAUUUCUUUUCAACCAGGCAUAUGGACAAAGUUCACAUUUAGAGUACAAGUACCAUUUGCCUCUUAUCUGCCUGAUUCAUCUAUCUUUGUGGGUGGUGCUAAUUCUAGUGCAGAGAAUGAAUCAAUUUUUACUGUUAAUGGUGCACUCUUAACUUUUGGAUCUAAUUUGGCUGGAUUACGUUUGGAUCAAUUUAAACAAGUAUACUCAUCUACAUACAUGAAUGGACAAAAGGAUUUGUUGGAAAUAAAAUUGGGAAAUGUUGUCAAUACAGGUGUUCUUUUACAACCAGAUUCAACCAGUAUAAAUGAAAAUGACAUAGCGGUUGAAGUAUCGGUUCGCUUAUCUGAUAGUAAACUUAGUGACAAUGGAACGAAUGUUACGCUUCCUAUUCGAGUUAAAUUUGGUAGCCUCGAAGCUGCCAAUCAAAUGGAAGGUAAAGUGUUCAGGGUUGGAGAUGAAUUUCUUAAUCUACAGAUGAAUGUUAUAAAUUUGGAUGAAAACGUGACUGGCCUGGUAUAUAAUCCGAAUGAUACAAUAAACCUGAGAGCUAAAAUUCAAAUGAUGAAUAACUCGAAAAUGGAAUGUGGAAAACAAUGGUUAAAUAUUUAUCACAGUAUGGCCGUAAAAUCAGCAGAAAUUCUGUACUCCAUACCACCAGACUCUGUUCAGUUCAAAAGAAAUGAAACAAUAACUAUUAAGGAAUUCACACGUUUUCAAGCAAAUGGUUUCUAUUUUGAUAACAACAUAGAUCUCUACUUUAAGCUACAGCUAAAUGACAAGAUAUUCAUUCCAAAUGGUAAAACAGAAGCAAAUCUAACAAUAGUUGUUGAACUUAUUUGUAUUACAUAUAAUCGGGAUGGAACUCUAUUAAAUUCAUGCAAUAAUCCGACAUUGAAAAAAAUCAUGAGGAAAGUUGUGGUUAAAACUAGACAACAAACUAUAACGGGUUCAGAUUGUGAAGAAGAUUUGGGCCUUUCUAACAGUCAAGUAAUUUUACCAUGUCAGAUCACUUCAUAUGUGUCACCCUAUCUUGGAAAUACAGAAGAGCAAAUUAGAUUCUAUUCAGCGUCCGGUUGGAAACCAUUUGUUCGUCCAGGACCACAUGAUCCUUUACGUUAUAUCACUAUUUUAUUCGGCCAACAAACAAAUGUCAGUCGAAUAGAUAUUAAUCUGAUAAACACAGCUAAUCAAGUUAUGAUUUUCCACUUGAUGGGAACCAACGAUGGUCAAUCGUUCUUCGAUUUUAAGACAGUAAGUACCUGA